ACUGUUUUCUCAAAUGACGAAUUUUCAGAUUCUUUGUCUUCCAUAUCUGAGAAGUCUGACAAAAGCAACAUUUCAAGUGCAUCGACUGUAAUCUUAGAUGAGGUCCCUAACAAGAGACAAAGAAAAGAGGACACAUCUGCACUGUCUGCAAAGCAGUUGGUCGAGGAUGUUCUUAAAUUGAAGUCUGGUGGUGAAGCAGUACUACAGGAGUAUCAAGAAACAGAAACCCUUACAGAUGCCACAAGAAGACAAAUGAUCAACAUUCUGGUGGCUCACAUGAUUGAUACACAUGGGCAACUCCCUACUAAAGCCAUCAGAGAACAGUAUGCUCUUGGCAUAGUGAUGCUGUUCCCUUCCCUCAGAGAUCCUUAUUCCAAGAAAGGCUAUGAACACUUUUAUGACGCUGCAAGCAACACAGGAUACAUUGCUUGGCGUAUGAAAACAGUCCACAGAAAGAUUAGACGAGGAUCUUUGCCACUAGACAGCCCUCAUGAUGUUUCUCCAGGAGGCCCAAAAUGCAAAAGGGCUACUAAUUUUGAAGGGCAACUUGAUGGGGAUGCUUGCAGAGAGGCCAUUUCUUUGCUCAGCCACACUACAGAGAAGUCCCUAAUAUUCCAAAAGAUGAGAGAGACCUUUCAGCAUCGGCAGAAGCUUGUUAAAGAUCCAGGCUCUAGUGUUGAUAUCCUCUUCACCUUCCCAAGAUUCCUAGAUACAAAAGGCCUGGUUGAUCAAGACUUCACUCUCCUGUUUGACACCGAGACAUCCUCCAGGCUGCUUCAGAAGUGGGACACGUUCUUCAGGCCAAAUGUCAUUAGAGAGGCCAAGCAACUUACUUCAACGGCAGAGCUGAGUCAGUUGUUGCUCUCAGCAGAAUGUCCUAAAGGAAGUGACCUUCAUGAAACAAUCUACGACCAUGAAAUGGCAUCCCUUCUUUUACUGAUACAUCUCCUUCCACCAUCACCAGGAGGACUGAAGUCUCCAAAAAUCAGUGCAUGUGAUGCUGCUGAAAGACUUGUAAUCUUUCAUAAGUCAUGCUGCAGUUUGGAGGAGCACCUCAACAACAUCCAGCAUCAGCAUCCGUACCUCCUUGCUGUUGGACGCCAGAAAAGCAAGAUUGAGGGCUUCUACAUCAUCUUGGAUAAGCAUCUCAUCCCAUGCCAGGCAAACCGCUCCCUUGGAGCAUUUGAUGAACUUUUCAAGGCACAUUUUGUGUUCAAUUUGUCCUAUGAUAGUGCACUUCUAAACUUUUACACAUUCCUGCAGACAACAGUGUAUAACAUUGAUGUAGGUCAAAUGAAGGAGUCUCCCAGGGUUAGAGAUUUGAGAGCCAGACUGCUCAACCAGACCGUAACCUUAACUUAA